GAGGUUUAGGUUUGGGAAUGUUUGUGUUUUUGCAAGUAUGAGGUGUUUGACUCUGUCUGUCCCGCAGGCGGAGGAGCGUCAUGGCAACGUGGAGGAGAGGGUGAGGCAGAUGGAGGCUCAGCUGGAGGAGAAGAACCAGGAACUGCUCAGGGCGCGCCAGAGGGAGAAGAUGAACGAGGAGCACAACAGGCGUCUGUCGGAGACGGUGGACAAGCUGCUGUCAGAGUCCAACGAGAGGCUACAGCUUCACCUCAAGGAGAGGAUGUCUGCCCUAGAGGACAAGAACGGCCUGAUCAGAGAUCUGGAGCACAGUAAGAAGCUGGUUGAGGAAACGCACCAUGAGAAGGAGCAGCUAUUGAUCCAGAUUGAGACGAUGCGGGCGGAGAACGAGCAAGGCAGGAACAGGAGCAACUCACUGCUGCACCAUGGGCGGUCUCACCAAGGCAGCACCCCAGACUUCCGGUACCCGGUGUCGGCCUCCUCCAUGAUGGACAGCCACUCGGACCACUACGGCAGCGCGCUGGUGCUGAGGCGGCCCCAGAAGGGGCGUCUCGCCGCGCUACGGGACGAACCCUCCAAGGUCCAGACUCUGAAUGAACAGGAGUGGGAGCGCGUGCAGCAGGCUAAUGUUCUGGCCAACGUUGCUCAGGCGUUUGAGUCUGACCUGGAGACGUCAGACCUGGAGGACGAUGAGCGCGAGACCAUCUUCAGCUCCGUGGACCUGCUGUCCCCUGCCGGCCAGGCUGACGCUCAGACCCUGGCCCUCAUGCUGCAGGAACAGCUGGACGCCAUCAACAACGAGAUCAGGAUGAUUCAGGAGGAGAAGGAGAACACAGCCAUGCUGGCAGAGGAGAUGGAGAGCCGUGUGGGCAGCGGGGACAGCCUGGGGGCCAGCCGCUUCCGCUCCAUGAGCUCCAUCCCCCCCUCCUCCAUGGGGGGCUCGUCGCCCCCCGGCUCAGGCUCCUCCACCCCGCGACGCAUCCCCAACCGCAGCCCCAACCGAGAGGUGGACCGCAUGGGAGUCAUGACCCUGCCUAGUGACCUGCGCAAGCACCGCAGGAAGUCUGCCCAGGACGACAAGACCACAAUCCAGUGUGAGACGUCUCCUCCCACCACCCCGCGCUCCAUGCGCCUGCACAAGGGGGCCAGCCACACUGCCAGCCAUGAGGACAUCAGGGACAUCCGCAGUAUGACCACCCUACAGGACGGCCAGGGUAGUAACCCCAGCAGCAGUAACAGCAGUCAGGACUCUCUGAACAAGGCAGCCAAGAAGAAGAGCAUCAAGUCCUCCAUCGGGCGCCUCUUCGGCAAGAAGGAGAAGGGACGGCCAGGCCCCCCAGGGAGCAAGGAGUCCCCUGGCAGCCAAGCUGGUACCCCCGAGGCAGAGACCUCUCCCCAGGAUGCACUGGGGCUGGGCAAACUAGGCGGCCCCGCUGAGAAGAACAGGAAACUGCAGAAGAAUCCAACGACAGGGCAUGAGUUGCUGGAGGAGGCUCGCAGGCAGAGUCUUCCCUUUGCCCAGUGGGACGGCCCUACUGUAGUGGUCUGGCUGGAGCUGUGGGUGGGUAUGCCAGCCUGGUACGUGGCGGCGUGUCGUGCCAAUGUGAAGAGUGGUGCCAUCAUGUCUGCUCUGUCGGACACAGAGAUCCAGAGGAGAUUGGCAUCAGUAACCCCUGCACCGCCUCAAACUGAGACUGGCCAUCCAGGAGAUCAUGUCUCUCACCUCCCCCUCUGCCCCCCGACCUCCAGAACCACGCUGGCGUAUGGAGACAUGAACCAUGAGUGGAUUGGUAACGAGUGGCUGCCCAGCCUGGGUCUGCCCCAGUACCGGUCCUACUUCAUGGAGUCUCUGGUAGACGCACGCAUGCUGGACCACCUCACCAAGAAGGACAUGAGGGGACAGCUUAAAAUGGUGGACAGUUUCCACAGGAACAGUUUCCAGUGUGGGGUGAUGUGUCUGAGGAGACUGAACUACGACAGGAAGGAGCUAGAGAGGAGGCGUGACGAGACCCAGCUGGAGCUGCAAGGUAACAGCUGGGAUAACGACGUGCUGGUGUGGAGCAACGAGCGUGUGAUCAGCUGGGUACAGGCCAUGGGGCUGAAGGAGUACAGUAACAACCUGCUGGAGAGCGGCGUGCACGGAGCCCUGCUGGCCCUGGAUGAAACCUUCGACCACAACGCUCUGGCCCUACUGCUGCAGAUCCCCAUGCAGAACACACAGGCGAGAGCAGCUCUGGAGAGUGAGUACAACAGUCUACUGGCCAUCGGUACAGAGAGGAGACUGGAUGAGAAUCUCUUCCAGGAGGACGAUAACAACUUCCGGCGCGCCCCCUCCUGGAGGAAGAAGUUCCGGCCCAAAGACGCACGGGGGAUGUCCCCGGGCUCAGCCGACACCCUGCCCGCCAACUUCAGACUGACCAAUAGCAACGCAGCGUCCCCCUCCACGCAGCCGAAAAGGAGCCACAUGGACGGGAGUCAGUCUGCAAUACAGAGGCUGGACACUGCCACAGUCAGGACAUACUCCUGCUAACACAACACAUUGAUCCUCAUUAUUUCUAUAGGUGACUGCUGGUUGGAGGAUGAGGGGUGAGUUACCCCCCCCCCCCCAUCAGGAGCAGCUGCUGACCCUGCAAGGACAGAGUUUUAUUGUUAUCACAGCGAUAAAAGAAGUAGCAACCACAUCACCAAUCUCCGUACUAGAGGGCCCGUGUCCUAGAUGUAUCAAUCUUUAUUGUUCUAUUUAUGUUAGCAAGCUGGUGGGACAUGAUUUUAGAUUUGUUAUGUAUCUAUCUGUUACUUCACCCGUCUCUCCCGGCUAAAUGGAAAUGUCCCUAUUUUCUAAAAAACUGUUCCAACUGUGUCCUUAUCAAGGUUAACUCUCAGAUGUAACUGAAUGUUUUUAGAUGGUCUGGAGUUUGUAUAUUUUUUCAACAGACAUUAUCUAAUCAUUUUAUAUAUAUAUACAUAUAUAUAUAUAUAUAUAUAUUCCUGAUCUUGUAUUGACCAGAUGUAUGUUUUUAUUUCUCUGUCCUCUGUUGUUUUUAAUCAUUGAACUGAUGAUCAAGUGACUUUAAUAAGUGACUUUCUAUCUGAAUUGGACCCCAUUUCCCUUCGACCCCAUUUCCCUUCAAUCCCAGCCUGUUAUCUUCAAGCGUAUCCAUGGUGAUUAUUUGUAAAUGCAGCUCUUAUAGGACAAUGAGAAUAUGUGAAUAUCAGAAAUAUUGCUGGAGUUCUGACUGACAUUGUUUCACCAACUGCUACAACGCUGUGGUCGCUAAGCACCGGGCGGACCGUAACCACAACAAGGCCCUAGGUAACUGUGACGACAGGUGACACGUGAAACAACUCUCUUUGUUUUUUUCCUGUGAAACCAAACCUGUAGAAAGACUGAAACAAAAGCCAUAAACAGUAGUGAAGACCAGGGCUGUUUUCAGAUGCAUCGCUUGGUAAGAGACCGUUCCACUGUGUAGGAUCUCCCAUUCUCCAGUCAACCUCGCAUGCCCAAACUCUCCAUUCCUCUUUUCCUCCUUCUCCUCAUCCCUCUCUUUUCCCUGCCUUCCCCCUGGAGCGCGCUAACGGGAGGCCAGACGUGCGUGAAGAUCAACUCGCUUGUACCUGAGCCGACAGCGUGGCGGCUCUACUAUCGACGGACCAAGUCCACUGUGGCCUAAACUGAUCCCAGCGACUAGCUUACUCACCCGAGGUGGAGCGAUCUACCCACAAACCUUUAACCAACUCUUUUUACUACGGACACUUCUAAUCCAGCCUAAUGGGGGGGUUUUCUUACCUUAUUUCUCUGGCUGUCUUAUUUAUUCGUCAUCUCCGUCGUGUUUGUUGCUUUCUCAGUUUCAUUUUUAGAAGUUGCCAUUUUUUAAAAGCUGUUUCUGAGUGUUUUAACACAGGUUGCCAUGGCAAUACUUUUUCAAGACAGAUAAUGUCACGGAAGCAAAGACUUCCUGUCCACAUUUAGUUAUGUUAUUCCCUUUGUGAUUUAGUCAUUUUAUAAUGCACAAUGCAAAUGCUGAUAUUAUUAUUUUAUUUUUUUUAAUCUUCAGUUUUCCCCCAUUUUAUUCUCCUGCUCUGGUAACAAUUAUGUACAGUCUGAGUACUUAACUAUUUUAUCACAGUAUUAUUUAUGGAUUUACUUUCAAUAAAAUACUGAAACUUAUUUUCCACUGCCAAUAAAAAGCUUAAGUCUU